AUGGAGUACACAGGUUUGAUGGUGUUUCUAUGUCCUAUAUGGAUGGUCUUACUUCUUGGUGUUGUGAUCGGAUGGUCGUGGAAACCCAAGUGGGCACCUUUUGGGAACGGCAAGGACAAAUUCGGCUGCUCUGUUUCUAAAGGCUUCGAUUUUUCGUUGCCGCCUUCGCCGUCCCGGUCGUUAAUGUCCCCAUUAAAAGGCUUUUCAUCGGCUCCGUGCUUGAAUUCGUUUGAGUUGGCUUCCCAAGGUUGUGAAGCCUUGUUCAUGGAUAGGGAAUUUGAGAGAACAACUUCUGCUUCACCUUCCGAAUUUGAUGAGGGCAGCACAUCGCAGCUCAAUGAAGAGAAAUCUAAUGCAGUGACAGAGGAGGACUUGGACCUUUUAUGCACGCUUGUAGAUAUGAAAGAUGGAGGUCCUACUUGGAUACAGAUGAUGGAACGUUCCACUCCAACUAUGAACUACCAAGGCUGGUGUAGGGUUCCCGAGAUUGGUCCUCCUCAAUAUCGUAGCAGAACUAUCUAUGAGGACGCAACACCUGAGAUG